UCCAUAGGGCUCUAUAUAGGGACUGUUAGCCAGGUUCCAUAGGACAUAUAUUGUCUCUCAGGACCAUUCAGAUAUUAUUUUCAGAAGAUUAUAAUGCUGAAACAAACCCAGAGUGGAAUUUUACGAUCCAGUGCUCUCACAAUCACUCUGCACAUUGAUGUCAAUCUACCCGGCAGGGAGAUAAUUAUUCUCCUUCAUUAAUUGGAAUAAGUUAAUGUGUCAUUCAAACAGCUGUACUAGUCAUUCAGAGCUACGGACAACCAGCACGCAUCCAAAGUGAAAUAUCUAGGAUCCGACACACCGGCCGUUUCAGUUCAGCACCAUGGAUUGAAUAAGCCACUGUUGCUCGCACUUGCGUGGUUAUUGUGGAGCUGCUCUGUAUUCCAGUGUCCUUAUUGGUUACAGAGAGGAACCUGUCGUUGCUUUCUACCUUCAGACCCGAAACGCUGUGAGCUUUAAGACCAUGCUGUACUCCAACAGGCAACAUCUGUCCUCUACACUGUGUAUCGCGCUUGGCUUCAGGUCCGUUUAUACACAGUCGGUGAUCUGACACACACAGCGCUGCUAGAGAAAGGAGACAUCCCCAACACAGCACCAUAUUGAUGACAGAGUGAGAGUGAUGAGAUGCAAGGAGAAGAUAUUAUCCCGCUGCUGUUCUGUAGAAACGGACCGAUAGCAUGAGGAAAACUGGAGCUACGAGUGCACACUACAACAAAUAAGACGGAGAGGUGCUGCAAAAUGCGCCAUGGGUUAUCUUUACUCCUCGUCAUAACUCUGUGUGGCAGCCUGUUCUUAAUCUACCACGCUGGUUUCCAUGGUACCACCAACGCGGCUGUGGCGGAGAGGUCCAGAGAUGGGAGUGAUGUAGCGAGAAGAAGAUGGCAGACUGAGCAGCAGCAGACCACCAGUACCCCACCUCCUCGCCCUACAGUCCUACAGGGAUACAGCGGUAUCAUCGACCACAAGCCUCUGAGAAUGCACUGCCAUAGCUGUGCGUUGGUCACCAGCUCUGGUCACCUGAUGGGUGGUGGUCGCGGCGAGGAGAUCGACCGGGCGGAGUGUGUCAUCCGUAUGAACGACGCCCCCACGGCGCUGGGGUACGGGCGAGACGUUGGGCGCCGCACCUCGCUACGCGUCAUCGCUCACUCCAGCAUGCAGAGGGUCCUACGGAACCGCCACGAACUGCUCAACGCAUCCCAGGACACAGUGUUUAUCUUCUGGGGGCCCAGUAGUUACAUGCGGCGGGAUGGGAAGGGUCUGGUCUACAACAACCUGAGGUUGAUGAACCAGGUGCUGCCCAAACUAAAGGUCUACAUCAUCUCCAGGCAGAAGAUGCUGCAGUUUGACGAACUCUUCAAGAGGGAGACGGGCAAGGACAGGCGAAUCUCUAACUCGUGGUUGAGUACUGGUUGGUUCACUAUGACCAUAGCUCUGGAGCUGUGUGACCGGAUCAAUGUCUAUGGCAUGGUGGCUCCAGACCACUGCAGAGAGCCCCAGCCCCCAUCCUCCCCCUCCCCCUACCACUACUACGAGCCCCUCGGUCCAGAGGAGUGUGCCAUGUACAUCAGCCAUGAGCGGGACCGCAGGGGCAGCCAUCACCGCUUUAUCACAGAGAAGAGGGUCUUCACCAGCUGGGCUCGAACCUUCAACAUCCACUUCUACCAGCCUGACUGGGAGCCCCCGCCGCUGACCCCGCUAACCACUGACCCCCACUAACCACUGAUCCCCGCUAACCACUGACCACCGCUAACCACUGACCACUGCUAACCACUGACCACUGCUAACCACUGACCACUGCUAACCACUGACCCCCGCUAACCGCUAACCACUGACCCCAGCUGACCGCUGAACCUGCUAACCGCUGACCACCGCUAACCACUGACCACUGCUAACCACUGACCCCCGCUAACCACUGACCAUUGCUAACCACUGACCCCCGCUAACCGCUAACCACUGACCCCAGCUGACCGCUGAACCUGCUAACCGCUGACCACCGCUAACCACUGACCACCGCUAACCACUGACCACUGCUAACCACUGACCCCCGCUAACCACUGACCACUGCUAACCACUGACCCCCGCUAACCACUGACCACUGCUAACCACUGACCCCCGCUGACCGCUGAACCCCCUAACCACUGACCACUGCUAACCACUGACCCCCGCUAACCACUGACCCCCGCUAACCACUGACCACUGCUAACCACUGACCCCCGCUAACCACUGACCACUGCUAACCACUGACCCCCGCUAACCGCUAACCACUGACCCCAGCUGACCGCUGAACCUGCUAACCGCUGACCACCGCUAACCACUGACCACCGCUAACCACUGACCCCCGCUAACCGCUAACCACUGACCCCAGCUGACCGCUGAACCUGCUAACCGCUGACCACCACUAACCACUGACCCCCCGCUAACCACUGACCCCGCUAACCACUGACCUCCGCUAACCACUGACCCCCGCUGACCGCUGACCCCCGCUAACCACUGACCCCCGCUGACCGCUGACCCCCGCUAACCACUGACCACUGCUAACCACUGACCCCCGCUAACCACUGACCACUGCUAACCGCUGACCCCCGCUAACCACUGAUCACCGCUAACCACUGAUCCCCGCUAACCGCUGCCACCCCGCUAACCACUAUCCCCCCGCUAACCACUGACCCCACUAACAGCUGACCACCGCUGAUUCCCGCUAACCGCUGACCCUGCUGACCCCGCUGACCCACACUGACCCCCGCUAAACCCACGCUAACCGCACGCAGGGGGAGACAGAGAAGGUCAGGAUCAGAAUACGUGACUGGUGACCGGGAGAGGGACCGGGAUGGGGAUCGCUGAGCGUCUGUGGAAGAGGUGCAGCUCAAUUGGACUGAGGACUGGGCUGGAGCAGGCUGGACCGCAUGGGAUGGUCCAAAGCCUUCUGACCACAACUGGUACUGGUCCAACUGGUACUGGUUCAAAUGGUACCGGUCUAAAUGGUCUGGUACUGGUCCAACUGGUAAGAUACUUGUCCAACUGGUACUGGUCCAACUGGUACUGGUCAGAUACUGGUCCAACUGGUACUGGUCCAAAUGGUCAGAUACUGGUCCAACUGGUACUGGUCAGAUACUGGUCCAACUAGUACUGGUCAGAUACUGGUCCAACUGGUACUGGUCCAACUGGUCAGAUACUGGUCCAACUGGUAAGAUACUGGUCCAACUGGUACUGGUCAGAUACUGGUCCAACUGGUACUGGUCAGAUACUGGUCCAACUGGAACUGGUCCAUACAGAACAGAGUCCUUCAGGGAGGAUCCACAGUCCUCCUCUUGUUAUCUGUCAUGGACAACUGCAAGGACCAAAUACGGUUGGAUGCACUGGAUGAGUCUACAUGGAGUAGACCAUGGUCAAACAGUGGAAGGGCUCAGAGAUGGAGUAGACCAUGGUCAAACAGUGGAAGGGCUCAGAGAUGGAGUAGACCAUGGUCAAACAGUGGAAGGGCUCAGAGAUGGAGUAGACCAUGGUCAAACAGUGGAAGGGCUCAGAGAUGGAGUAGACCAUGGUCAAACAGUGGAAGGGCUCAGAGAGGAACAAUACCUUCCUGUGGAACACUUCUGUCACCUUCAGGUUAGACUGGCCUGUAUUUUUCAUUUAGUCUGAAACAAAGGAAAUAUCACUGUGUAUGUUCCACCUCAGUCUGAAGUUAGGACACUGGGUGGUUCUGCACUUCCUAAUAGUGAGUUGCACUCCCCCCAUUUUGCCCUCAGAACAGCCUCAAUUAGUCGGGGCAUGGACUGUACAAGGUGUCGAAAGCGUUCCACAGGGAUGCUGGCCCAUGUUGACUCCAAUGCUUCCCACAGUUGUGUCAAGUCGGCUGUCCUUUGGUUGGUGGAACAUUCUUCAUACACACGGGAAACUAUUGAGCAUGAAAAAUCCAGCAGCGUUGCAGUUCUUGACACAAACCGGUGAGCCUGGCACCUACUACCCCUUUUUACUCAGUGUAUAACAGAGGUAACAGCAUUGGACAUUGCACUCAGAUAGAGACUCACUCACUGCAUAUUGGGCUAUUGUUGUAACUGUAAUUACUACUACAUGAACACUACUGUAAUUCAGUAACUACUGUAAUUACUGUUACAUUAACAGUACUGUAAUUAUGUAACUACUGUAAUUACUAUUACAUUAACACUACUGUAAUUACUAUUACAUGAACACUACUGUAAUUCAGUAACUACUGUAAUUACUGUUACAUUAACAGUACUGUAAUUCUGUAACUACUGUAAUUACUAUUACAUUAACACUACUGUAAUUACUAUUACAUUAACACUACUGUAAUUCUGUAACUACUGUAAUUACUAUUACAUUAACACUACUGUAAUUCUGUAACUACUGUAAUUACCAUUACAUUAACCCUACUGUAAUUCUGUAACUUCUGUAAUUACCAUUACUUUAACAUUACUGUAAUUCUGUAACAACUGUAUUUACUAUUACAUUAACACUACUGUAAUUCUGUAACUACUGUAAUUAUUAUUACAUUAACACUACUGUAAUUCUGUAACUACUGUAAUUACCAUUACAUUAACAGUACUGUAAUUCUGUAACUACUGUAAUUACUAUUACAUUAACAGUACUGUAAUUUCUCUAACUACUGUAAUUACUAUUACAUUAACAGUACUGUAAUUACUAUUACAUUAACACUACUGUAAUUAUGUAACUACUGUAAUUACCAUUACAUUAUCAGUACUGUAAUUCUGUAACUACUGUAAUUACUAUUACAUUAACACUACUGUAAUCCUGCAACUACUGUCAUUACCAUUACAUUAACACUACUGUAAUUCUGUAACUUCUGUAAUUACUAUUACAUUAACACUACUGUAAUUCUGUAAAUACUGUAAUUACCCUUACAUUAACCGUUUUUGAGAUGAGACGUUUGUUCAAAACUAAAUAGGGAAUAGGGUGCCAUUUGUGAUGAAGAUGAGGUUUGUCCUCAGAGCACUGCGGUUGAGUUGGGAUCAUUCUCCCGUUCUGUCAG